AUGACCGUUCCAGUCCGGCAUGGCCUGCGAAGGCGCUGGCAAGGAGUGCCGCCUCCCCAAUUCCCACUUUUCCCUAUCGACACGGGUCCGGCCAAUCCUGCUCCUAUCGAUUGUCAACGGACGGAUGACUGGAUUGAACGGUUCCUGUCCAUCGUGAACACGAACAUCUCGGAGACUAGCACACGCCUUAAAGUGGCGGUGUUAGGUACGGGAAUCGAUCUUGAUCACCCUGACUUUUAUGACGAGGACCGUUUUCAACCCGAAAAUGCCCGUAGUUGGGUUGGCAGUGCUCCCACCGUUGACAGUAACGGGCAUGGGACGCAUAUUGUGAGCACCAUCUUGACACUGACGCAGAACGUCGAUGUCUAUGUUGCCAAAAUAUCGGAAGGGAACAGCCAGACGCUUGAAUCAGUCGAGUCAGUUGCUGAGGCGAUCCGAGUUGCCAACGAAGAGUGGGAUGUAGACAUGAUUUCGAUACCAUUCGGGCUUCCCCGUUCCGUCCCUAGGAUCCAGGAUGAGAUUGAGAAGGCUGUGCAUCACAAGAAAAUCAUCUUCGCUGCGGCUGCUGAUAAUGGUGCCAACACGGGGCGAAGUUACCCAGCAACUCAGCCUGGUGUUAUCUGCGUUCACUCGGCCGAUGGGCUGGGCAAUGCGUCGCUGUUCAAUCCUACCGAGCUGCCCACGACCGACAACUUUUGCGUUCUCGGGGAGCAUGUCGAGGCGGCGUGGCCCAGCCCCUCGCCGACAACACAACUGGGCGGGACGAGGCGCAUGUCCGGGUCCGCGACCGCGACGUCCGUCGCAGUGGCCAUUGCCGCCCUCAUGAUUACCAUCAUCCGUGACAAUAUGCGGGAGCAGGAAUGCGCUAUUUGGCUCAAGAACUAUGACGGCAUCAGGGCCAUUUUCCGCAGCCUCUCCGAACAGCGAAACGGAUUGUAUGAUCUGGCGGGGAUAGAGAAGGAGGAUGGACUCUGGGUCUGGGGAGCGGGGGGCGGUGCGGCUGAGUGGGAGCUUAGAGAUUUGACUAGUGAUGAUAGCAAACCAGGCGAUUUCUCGCUCAGGAUGGAUGACAGCCAAAACACCCCCGACUCCCAAAUUAGAAUCUACAAGAUUCUAGCGGAUGGGUCACUCCAAGCAAUCGACGAGGGAAUCUCAACAUCACCAAAUGCGACGGGCGAGGCCAAGUCCAGCGCUGACGAAAUAUAUCUCGUCGAAGGCCUCUCUGAGCAGACCAUAACAUCGUUACGGCGGCUGAUUCCUAGCCUGCCCGAUGCUUUCGUUAAAGCACAUUUGUGUGACAACCUAGGGCAAAUUGACAGCGCCCUAGACGAGGAUCAUGUGUUUCUAGCCAAAUGGUCCCGCCGCGCGGCUCAGGUCAAGGAGGUAUGGGCGCGCGAGAAGAGGUUGCGGACCUCCAAGAACCCCUUCAAUGUCGACGACGUUGACCCGGCCGUCUCACGUCUGGACCACGACCGCUAUGAGCAUGUAACGGAGCCGUACCGGUUGUACAACCCCAUUGCCGAGUUCGACAUCGACGUACCGUUUUACCAGAGCAUCGAGGAGGGAGAGUUUCGGACAACAUCAGCUGGCGUCAGCGAGAUAUCUCCCGAAAAUGAUAUCGAGGGACAACAUUAUCCUUCAGAUGGGGGAGAACGGUCAACCGCGGUCCCACCGGGAUUGAGGACCAAGAUUUAUAUCCAAAGCAUGUUGAUGCAUGCCGCGCACGAGUGCAUAUCCUUCUAUCAUGACAAGUUCGAUGAUAGAAUGAUAGUUCACUACAACCUCGUGGCCGGCGGUGAGGUCGAAAGCAAACAAAGCCCGCCAAAGUAUGCGUUCCAAUACGACAGGAGUUGCCUCGACAAGUUCAUAAGCAAACUGAACGCUGCGCGUUCGGCGGACGAUAGCAAAACAACUGUGGAGGUCAUUCUUGACACCAUUCUAACCAUUGUUAUCGAGGAUCAGCGCAAGCUUCUCGUAAGCAUCAGCAGAGCUUUGGAUGAAAUUGAGCUCUCUAUGGGAAGGGACUUGAAAAGCCCUCAGAGCUGGAGAGACUUCCCACCAGGAUGGCGGAACCAUCUCUUCCAUCAAUCACAAACAAUUGCAUACUUCCUCGCACGUGUUCCCGAACUUAGCGCUCCAUUACUUCCCAAAUCACGCAAACCCGCGCACAUUAGAAUGCUAGAGCGGGCCGAGAAGGAGCUGGAAGCCACGAUGCGGCGGCUUGAAGGAACGUACCAAGUGCUCAUGUCCUCCAUGAGCAUCCUCGAAAGCGAGCGGGCCAUCGAGCAAGCCGAGGUGGUGACGAGGCUCACCAACCUCGCCUUCUUUUUCAUCCCGCUGACCUUUGUAUCGGGGCUCUUCGGCAUGAACGUGGUCGAGUUCGAUCAAAAGCUAACCGUGGCCAUGUGGGUGGCCAUUUCGCUCGGAGUUACUGCAGCCACCUACUUCAUCCGCUUCCGCCACCCGCUGGUUGUCGCUAUACACCAGACGCCCAAGACCAUCCGCCGCAUGCGCUGGGACAUACUAGCCGCCCGUAUGAGGCGCUGGGCACAGGUUCUCCGCCACCUUGCAUUUGAUUAUAAUCUCUUUCCUCUCCUCCUCCUUGGCCUCCUGGGUGUAGCCGUUUGGCUUGCUGCUACCCUGCCCGCCACCGAUGAGACCAGGAUCGGCGUUAUUCCCAGCCUAGCAGUGAUUACGCAACUACUAGAGCCCGGGAGCAUCAUCUCCAACAGGCUACGCCGGCCACACCCGAGUCAGCGAGUUAUCAAGGCUGCCCUUUUUGCCGGCGCCGCUGUGGGCCUUUGGGCCCUCGCGACGAGCACACUCCCAGUCGACACCAGAAUUGGUCUGGGUCUGGUUAUCCUUCGUCUUCCAACCAUUUUCACCCUGGCGUCGUCUCACAGCGUCAUGCCAGACCAUAUGAACUCGAUUGCUUGGUGUCAUAUGACCUCCAAUCACCGCGUCCGCCUUCCAGCGCACCCCCUCUUGUUCGACGCGACUAGAGCAGUCCUCUGUUCCACCAUGGGCGUCGCGCUGUGGAAGCUUUUUACCAGUUCCCUCUCCGACGCCGACAAGAUCAGCGUGGCCAUCGGCGCAAUGGCCGUUCCCCUCAUGAUAUUAGGUCUACCGUACACCAUGUUCAAGAAAGUACAAGAUUCGAGCUGGGGGAAUCUGGCCAAGGCAAUCGCAAUCAUAACUUGGAAAGGCGUUCUCGGCUUCCUCCCAAUUCAAGCCGUGGCAAUUUGGAAGAUCAAGGCACCUUCAUCCGCCCGGCCUGCGCUCCGAUCAUCAACCACUGUCCGAAACCAACGCCACGCACCACCAACCACCCCCCAUGGCCGCCCCAAAAAAGCAAUACUUCCUCGCCCCCUCCUGGGACUACCCCCCCUCGGGCCCCCUCGCACUCGGCAACAUAAUCAUCUCCCCUCUCGGGCCGUGCCGCCCCUCCUCGCCGCAUCCGCACCCACCCUCGCCGGCCUCACCCCAACCUCAACCUCAACCUCAACCUCAACAUCCUCAACCCCCCCAACCGAAACGACACCCUUCCCCAACUACCCACCCCUACAAACCCAAACCUCACCCGAACCUCCACCACCAAACACAAACGUCGAAUGGACCCGCGGCCCAAUCCCUCUUCCCACACCCUCGGCGUCUGGAGCCGCUUCAUCCAAAUGCCUGGGCAUACGCCUCGACUUCGAGACCUCCCACUCCCGCCAGGACGUCUUCCGCUUUGCGAGCGUGCGCACCGAAGAGUGGUUCCCCAGCGAGGAGUUCCUGGCGGCGGCGGUGCAGGAUCCCGAGGUGAGGAGGCGGCUUGUGGGGGGUGGUGGUGGUGGUGAUGGUGGUAGCCGUGGUGGGGGGAGGCUUGGGUUGGGGAGGCGGGCGGUGUACGUGGUGGUGGGGGUGAAGACGGUGUCCGGGGCGCAGGUGAAGAGGGUGUGGACGAGGGGGCUGGCGGCGCAGACGGAGGUGGGGGUGGAUGCGAUGGGGGCGUCGGUGCUGGUGGCGUCGGGGCCGGCUGGGGGGGUUAAGUGGGAGAGGGGGGAGAGUAUGGAGUUUGAGGGGGGGGAUGACUUUGUGUUUGCGUAUCGGGUAAGGAAGGUGUGGUUGAGGGGGGGUGGAAAGGGCGUGGGGCAGGAUGAUUAUGUGAGGGGGACGAUGCUGUCGGAGAGUUAUGGGGAUGAGAAGGGAGGGAAAGGGGAUGAUGGGGAGGAUGUGGUGGUGGAGGAUCUGGAGGAUUCUGACAUCGGUGAUAAGUGGAAUGGGAGUGACGUUGUGGAUGAAGGGGAGGAGAUUGAAGUCUUUGCCCCCGGGGCAGGCGUGUAA